UUUUAAUCAAUAAAAUGAAUAAAAUAUUGAGAACACUAUUUAUCAUGAUUUUUCUUCCAUUUAGUAAAAGUGAUUAUGUUCUUUACAAAAUAACAGCAUUUAAUCCUCGUGAAAGAGCUUUAUUAUACAAGAACAAUUAUUAUUAUCAUACCAAAAACAUAGCACCGUAUCAACCGCUAAUAUAUAUGAUACUUUUUAUGACUGGGAUGAAAUAUUAAAAUGGAUUGAAAGGAAAAUAAAUAAAAAGUUCAAAAAGGUUGUUGUCGCAAAAACAUAUGAAAAAAGAGACAUAUUUUUUUUGAAAGUUAUAAAGAAUAGAAAAAAUCCUAUAGUUUUUAUAGUAGGAGGGGAAGAAGGAAUGGACUGGAUAUCUUCAGCUGUUAUAUUGAAUUUAUUGAAUGAUUUAUUAGAAAAUGUUGUUGAACUAAAAUUGCUUAUAGCUAACUUUAAUUUUUAUUUUAUGCCAAUUUUAAAUCCAGAUGGCUUUGAUUACAGCAAGAAACAGGAUAGGUUUUGGUCAAAAAAUAGACGGAAGCUGGACACUGAAACAAGGUGUGAAAACAAAAAUGAGCCUAUUGGAGUCACCAUUGCUCGGAAUUGGUUUUAUCAAAAGAUACUGAAGAGGGUAGGUGAAGAAUGUAACUCUGUUUACAUCGGACAUAGACCUAUCUCAGAAGAAGAAAAUCAAGGUUUGUCAUAUGUUCUGAACAACUUGGCUCUGAGCAUAAUAGCGUUUAUCAAUGUAAGAGGUUUUGGGCGGUACAUAGCAGUGCCAUAUGCAGAUGUGUCAGCCAAAACCAACAAUCAUAAUAUUGUAAUGGAAAUCCUGAAAGCUACUAGUUAUAAAAUGAGAACAAAGCAUAAUAUAACCUUCGACAUUGGACCAACUUCAAAUUAUUUUUACAAUUUUACUGGUAAUAUGGCAGACUGGGUGAAGAAAAAACUCAAUACACCAUUAGUGUAUACUGUUUACUUGGAAGACAUUUUCAACAUCCUGCCACAUCCCAAAAACAUUAAAUUCAUAAGCAAGCAAUUUUACACUAUCUUAAAUGAGUCAUUACUUGUCACUAAAGAUAUUUAUGGACCUUUAUUUAAUGAUGUAAUUAAAACAGCAAUUAAUUUCUUGUUAUUUAAUACAAUUUUUGUAUCACAAUUAUUAUUGUUGUGUAAUUGAGAUCAAAUAUUCUAGGAGAAAUCCAAUUCUUGCAGAAAUA